AUGGCUUCAGAGGCUGGUUGCCGAGGACCCCCCACAGCAAGAACGGCUUCCCGGGGCAGCCACGGCCCGAACCCUCUGCGGGGAAGCCCCAGGCUGGCCGGACUACCAGUUCCGGCAGCCUCGGCGCCCUCGGCCCCGCCUCUUCCGGGCGCAUUUCCGGCGGGGCGGCGGCGGCGGCGGCUGGCUGGGCGGCCUCUCUCUCGCUCUCCUCAUGUCGGCCUCGGCCAUCCCGGCCAGCUCUGGGGAGCUGCUACGGGGCGACCGCGGCCCCUUCCCGCCGGCAAGUGCCGCGCCCCUCCCCGCGCACUGGGCCCCGUCCGGGCGGGGGCGGCUCCCCGCCGCGGCGCUGCCAUUGGCCGCCCUCCUGGCCGCGGCCUCCCCCCGCUGGCGCGGAGCCAAGCCGGAGCCCCCGGGCGCGGCGGGGAGGCGGACCCCGGCCUGCUCCGUCCCGCCGAGCGGCCGCCCCGGCCCCGAUUCCCGGGCGGCCCAGACGGCGAGCGCUGGCUGGGCGGGAAGCUCCUCGGGCCGCGCCCUCCGCCCGCCCCCCCCGGCCUGACUCCUUGCCUGCGCCCCCUCCCCCCCCCCCCCCCGGGCCCGGACAGAGCGGGCGGCGAGGCGGCCGAUGCGCUGGCCGAGGAGCUGGAGGGGGUGGACGGAGACGCGCAGCCGUGGAGCCUGCAGGAGAAGGCGCUGCACGAAGCCCGGCUGAAGGCCAAGGGGAAGCGGCGGCUGCGGCGGACCUCCUCCCGCGAUUCCCCCCGGGAAGGCCUCCCCGAAAAGGGGGAGCCGGAGCCGGAGCCCAGCAGCCCGAAGGGCAAGAACCACGACCGCAAGUCCCGCAUGGGGAAGGGCCGCGGCCUGCCCAAGAAAGGCGGGGCAGGGGGCAAAGGCGUCUGGGGAGCGCCGGGGCUUGUCUACAGCUACCAGGAGCCGGAUGCCCGGGACCCCAACUACGACGAGGCUGCACAGGGAAAGACUGUCUAUGCCACGGUGGUGCCUGAGCUGGAGGAAGAGGAGCUGGAGAAGACUGUGCAGCCGAUGGUGCUGGAAUAUUUUGAGCACGGAGACACCCUGGAAGUGGUGGAGCUGCUUCGGAAUCUGAACUUGGGGGGGCACAAGGCAGCUGUGUCCUCGCUGGCUGUGGUGCUCUCUCUGGAGGGGAAAGCCAGCCAUCGCGAGCUGACCUCCCGCCUGCUCUCGGACUUGGUGGGGAAGGUGCUGAGUGCCGAGGACAUUGCGGCUGCUUUCGAUGGGAUGCUGCAUGACCUCCCCGACCUCAUUCUUGACACACCUGAGGCACCGCAGAUGUUGGGUCAGUUCAUCGCCCGGGCUGUGGCUGACCACGCGCUCCCCCUCAACUUCCUCGAGCGCUACAAGGGCCGUGUGGACUGUGAGCACGCACGGGCUGCUCUGGAUCGUGCUGCCGUCCUGCUGCGCAUCAAGCGAGACGUCAAUCAGCUGGACAACGUGUGGGGCGUGGGGGGCGGCCAGAGGCCAGUCAAGCAUCUGAUCAAGGAGAUGAACCUCCUGCUGCGUGAAUACCUGCUCUCUGGAGAGGUGUCUGAGGCCGAACGCUGCCUGCGCCAACUUGAGGUGCCCCACUUCCACCAUGAGCUUGUUUACGAGGCUGUGGUGAUGGUGAUGGAGUCUUCGGGAGAUACGGCCGUUGCCAUGAUGGUGAAGCUGCUGAAAGUGCUGUGGCAGACGGGUCUGGUGACCCUGGAUCAGAUGAACCGGGGCUUCCAGCGGGUCUACAAUGAGCUUGGAGACAUCAGUCUGGACGUGCCGCUGGCCUACAGCAUUCUCGAGCGGAUGGUGGAUCUCUGCUUUGAGGAGGGUGUUAUCACCAGGCAGCUGAGAGAGACCUGCCCUGCCCGGGGCCGGAAGCGCUUUGUCAGUGAAGGAGACGGCGGCCAAAUCAAGCAAUAACUGGAAGAUUUCAGCACCCCCACUCCCCCCCCAGCAAUGCCUUCAACCCAGCCAAACCUGCCAGUCAACAGAGGAGCCCAGAAACCUUUGCUGAGCACCCACUAUUCCCCUCCCCCGAGCAGCGUGUCCAGCGGGCGGGAGAUCUGUCGGGAGUGAACUGGGGACCUGCACUUCUGCCUGACCAAUGGGGGGCGGUGGUUCGGUAAAAGCAGGAGAAAGAGGAAGGCUUGUUCUCCCGCAGGGCAUAUCCACAUGCCCACUCCCACAGUGCGGCUGCCACCAGCAAUUCAUCUCAGGAAGCCUCAGGCCAGCUGGAACUGCCGCAGUAGUGGUGGUGGUGCUGUUUGGAUUUGCUGGGCAGCAGGGCUGAGAAGGCAGAGGAGGGGCACUUCCCUUGCAGCCUCUGGCUAGCACAGAGUGGUUUGGUUUCUGCCUUGUGCAGCUAGUUCCAAGGCACUGUGGGAAGGACAGCUGACUCCCUGCAGCCAAAGAACCUCCUGUUCCCAGGACCCCUUGAAGCCCCCUUGCCACCCACAGAUGCAGGCGGGGGGCUGGCUGGGUUGAGGGCUGAGGAGAAACCAGCUGAGCACCCUGACUCUGCCUGGGUUAAAGGGGAGCUGCUGCUGCUUGGCGCUACCCAUGACUGGCAGAGAGGCUGAACAAGUGGACAUCAGUGCAGGAGGGAAUCAUGCCAAACUGCUUAAUGGUCUUUCAGGCAAAGGUGGUAAUGGGAAAUUAAAAUAAAUGAUUUACUCAAAAGGG